AUGGAUUCUGCAGAAAAGCGUAGAGUGAAUAAAUUGUUGAGAAAACCUUCAUCACUUGGCAAAGCCCUAGGCUUGAGGCAAAAGUUAUCUCGUAAUGCUCAAAAACAAUCAAAAUCUAUACCUACAGUGUCCGAAAAACCUUUAAAGCAAGAGAUUAAUGUUGACGUUGCUACUUUAUGUGCUGAAAUGUGUGGUGUAUCUAAUCUAUCAGAGUCUGGAGCUACUCUUCUUCAAAAGCAUCUUAAUAAAAUUGCUCGACUUUUAAUCCAUGAAGUCCUCCGUGUAAUGGAACAAAGUCGUAGAGGUGUUCCGCAAGCAUCGGAUAUCGACUUGGCUUCUGUUUUGAUUGGACUUGAAAGUCCUUUCGGAACAACUACAGCAAAUUUCCUCCCAGUUCGGACAGGCGGUCGUACUGCAAGUUCUGGUCCAGGUGGUAAAGUCUUCUUCAUUCGACCAGACAAAGAAAUUGAUGUUAAGGCAUUAUUACUACGUGAACCUGCAGGAGUCGUCUACGAUGUCAGUUUAGUCGCUCACUGGCUAUCAGUGAAUGGGAAACAGCCUACAUCACCACAAAAUCCUCCACCAGACUUUUUAUCAAAAAUGUCUUUGCUGAAUAAUUCUUUUGGAUAUACUAAACAGAAUGGUGAUAAACGACUUUGUUUAGAAAGCAGUGAUACCUGUUUAUUAUCAAAUGCAAAACAGUCUAGAACAAGUUUACAUAAUAGUCAAGAAAAAUUGGAUUCAACGUCCUCAUCAUUGUCUCAUCCAAGAAAAGUUUUAGCAGUAUCUGUUGAGCGUCGUCCUCAUGAAAUCAGUCAAGAAGUGAUGAUCUAUUUUCGAGAGUUAACAGAAGCGUGUGUAGGUGCCAAUGAAACUCGACGGCAUGAAGCUUUGGAUAAUGCCACCUUAGAUCCUGGACUUCAGCCAAUAUUACCUCAUCUUAUGACAUUCAUUACAGAAGGUGUAAGAAUCAAUGUGACAAAUCAUAAUCUUGCUAUACUCAUUUAUUUAAUGAGAUUAGUGAAAGCGCUUAUCGACAACCCGCACAUCUCACUUGAACCGUAUUUACACUUACUUGUGCCUACAGUAAUCACAUGUGUAUUGAAUCGUCAGUUAUGCGCUAAACCGAUAACCGAUAAUCAUUGGGCAUUGAGAGAUUUUGCCGCGAAACAAUUGGCAACACUGUGUAACAGGCAUAAUACGCCAAGCAAUGAAUUAUACACUCGUGUUACUCGUGAACUUUCACGUGCCCUAUGCAGUUGGAUUGAUGGCGGUACUUCGUCUAGUUCUUCAGAAACUUGUAUGAAAUUAUCAAAUUGUAAUUUGUCUCAUGAAAAGGAUGAAAUAAUGAAGAUUUCAGAUGAUGAAAAGUUGAAUGAAAUGAAAAUUUGUAAAUAUGAUAGUGGCAGUACUACUACUGCUACUACUAGUACUAAUAAUAACAGUGGACCUAGUUUAGGCACUGCUGUACACUCAAUGAAUACUUUAUACGGUAUUCUAGUCGCUUUGGCUGAGUUCGGUAAUCAGUGUCUAAGAGUAAUUGUAUUACCACUGUUAAGCUCACUUUGUCAUCGUUUAACCAAGUUAACAGAGCCAAAUAUGCCAGAAAAUGAAACGAAUGAAUUAAAUAUGGAUGAAAGUGGCACCGGUAGUGGUGGUGAUCUGAAGUCUUCCCAACAACAUUUAGCUCUAUCGCCAAGUAUAGGAGAUGCAUGUCAAACAAAACAAUGUAAAUAUUAUGCUAUAUGUCAGUUAAGUGCAUUUGGUGAACCACAAUGUAUUUGUCCAACGGACUGUCUUUAUGUCAGAAAGCCUGUUUGUGGAACUGAUGGUAAAACUUAUGAAAAUGAAUGCUUUUUGAAAGUUAAAUCGUGCGCUGAUCAACGUGAAGUGCAUGUAGCGCAAGAAGGAUACUGUCGUCCAUGUGCUGCUGGAUGUCCCCUGGGUUUUCAGUGUCGUAAUGGUCAGUGUGUCUGUCGAGAUACCUGCCCACCGAAACAUCCAACUGAACUUGAUGUCUGUGGUACAGACGGCAAACUGUAUCCAAGUGAAUGCGAACUAAAACGUCAAUCAUGUAUUCAGCAAGCCAAUAUUGAUGUUGAUUUAACUGGUGUACGGUGUCGUGGUAGAACUCCAACCGGUAUGCAAGACUCAAACAUGAAAAUGUCUGCAGUUCUCCAGGCAGAUGGCGUAAGGAUACCCACUUGUACAUGUAACAAACUCGGUGCAUUAUCCGAAGAAUGUGAUUACUUAGGCAAUUGUCGAUUGCCUCGGAAAUUAUUGGGUAUACAAAAUAACCAUGAGUGCAUUCCAUGUUCAUGCCACCCACUUGGUUCAGUUGAUGCCUCGUGUAAUCAAGCCACAGGUCAAUGUAACUGUCGUGCAGGUGUUGUUGGACGACAAUGUUCAAUGUGUCCAGACGGUAGCCAAGUGACAGAAAAUGAUUGCAAUGCAAAAGAAAAAAAUGAAAAUUUAUUAGCGCGCCUACAGGAAGAUGGAAAUCAGCUAACAAAUGGGCGGAAUGAUCCCGCAAAACAAAAAAUCAGCAAGAAUACAACAAUCACUUUGAAUUCUCAGUCAUCUGAUAUAAUAAUCAAUACUACUAGUAAUGAUAAUAAUGAUGCUGAGCAGAACAAUGGACGAUUAUUUACAGAAACAACUACAUUGUUAGUCAGAAUACCAUUCCAUAUGGAUCAACCAACUGAACUACAACUUACACUGAGACUGCUUGAAGCUAAUGGUAUGCUUCUACAUUAUCAAUCACCACCAAGUGAACAAGAACAGCUACUGCUAUAUAAUGCACAAGACCAUCAAUUCACUAUGGGUAUUUCUAACUGGAGGGUUGUGUUGAAGUAUAUUGACGGACGUGUUCCAAAUCGCAUAUUACUUGUACAUAGUAAAGAAAAUCUUACACGAAAUGUUAAGCAUACUAUUCAAACGGGUAUCGUAUCUGGUCGGCCAUGGAUACAGAUUGAUGAAUCCACUAGAACAACUAAUCAAGAUGUGAUUGAGAAAUGGGCGAAUAAACCCUCGGACAAUGAUGGUAAUAAUGAUAAUAAUAACGUACCUACUGUUGGUGGCUUAGGCACGGUUGUGAUUGGUCGACAUAUAAAACUGGGGAGUCUCAGUCCCAUUUAUCUCGGUGGUUACGAUUUUCGGGGCCAACCAACUUCAGUUUAUCUUCCUGUAAAACGAGGUUUAGAUGGAGCUAUUCAAAGAAUCAAUAUAAAUGACGCUGAAGUAGUUCUUGCAGGGCCUUCUCUUGCAGAUAUGACGAAUACACCUGAAGAGAUGAUUAGAUCAUCAAAUUUAAUCGAAAAAUGGGUCAAUGUGUCUCAAUGGCAAGGUGCACCGUGUGGUCCGGAAUAUUCACCGUGUCAGAUGGAACAACCAGAUAAUAUCUGUCGUCCAAAUAUUCAACGUGCUACAUGUGCGUGUACAACACCAUUGCAGUUAAUGCAUAUGAUGAAGGGAAGGCUGGAUGAACAGAUCGAUGAAGUUGAAAAACAAGCUUGUCUACAGCGUAAAAUGGAAAUUUCCAAAAUGAAUCCUGUGUUAUCAUCCAGAAAUGAUGGUCAGUUGCAAUAUGACGGUCCUAAUCGUGGAUCUAUAGGCGAAACAAUCAAUGAACCGAUUGAGGACAUACUAUCAUCAAAUAAUGAAUUUAAGCAAAUUUUAAUCAAUUUCAGUGGUUCAACAGUUUAUAAAUAUAGUGGAUUGAUGGGAUACACGUCAGAUUUCAAUAUACGACUUCGUUUACGUACAGAUAAGAUGGAUGGAUUAAUCUUGUUGAUGGUUGAACAGCAAACAGCUGGUCAAAGUGAUCAUCAUCAACAUCACCCCGAUUCGUCAUCAUCACUGAUUUUAAACCAACCUGUGACACAGAUCACAACUAAUUCCGAAUUUGUUUCACUUGUUUUACGUAAUGGUCGUAUUGAACUUUUGCUCAAUUUAAUUUCAUCCAGUAGGAGUCAAGAUAAAUCUUGGGAGAAGAAGAAGAAUAUUGUCAGCAAUGAAGGUGAUAAUGGCGGAGUUAGCAAUUCAGAAUUUAAUCGUCUCAUGCCUAUUCAAGCAAGACAUAAAGUGAACGAUGGAGAGUGGCAUGUGAUACAAGCAAUAGGGAGCAAACAAAGAGCUACACUGUUUGUUGACAAUCAUAUGGUUUCUGGUGAGUUUUCAGGAAUUACUGAUUCUAACAGUGCACCGGUCAGGGAUGUUUAUCUUGGUGGUACGUUAUCAAAAAUCAUUGGCUUAUCACAUGAUUAUCAACAGAAUUUCACUGGUUGCAUUGCUGAUAUGCUUAUCCAGGAGAGGAUUAUUCCGAUUCUUUCAGAAGCGACAGAAAUAUACGGUCCUAUUGAAAGAUGUCGAAAUAUAUGA